AUGCGUGAUUUUGAAGUAGUGGAAAGUAAGCCUACAUGUAACCGGAAAAUUUAUUCUCCACAGUUGAUGGUGAUGGAUAUCAGUAGCAAGUCGGUCUACGCGGAGUGCAAAAGAAAAAUGCAAAAAGCUGAAGCUGAAAUGAUCUUUAAUGUGAGUGUCACGUCAUCAACACCUUUUGAAAAAGACAUAUUUACUGCUUCGUUGAUUCACAAUUUUCCUCGGAAAGGAGACAGUGUAACUUAUGGCGACGUUGCUUUAGAGUAUAUUCCGCAGCCAGUGCCACCAGAUACUAUGAGGAUACGUUUAUAUAUCGCUUAUCCUUUGGACAAAAAAGAGUGGUAUAAUCAGUUGUGUUUGCAACGUGUUGGAUUGAUUGGAUUAAUGGUUCAAACAUUCAUUGCUGUUGAACUGAGCAAUUUCAAUAAUGGCAGCGCAGAUGAUCUACGUCCCUAUAUCCCGUUUUUAGAUGAUUGGUGGACAGAGCAAUUAGCAGAAGUCCCGAUGGAAGACCGAACGCUGACAUCAGGAACGUAUGUGUCAAUGUCUGAGCCGCAGUUUACAGAAAUGACACCAUCUGUAGCACUUUUGCAAUUAGAUAAAACAGCUGUGGAAUUAGCUCAUGAACGUCAUCUUGCAAAGUAUAUUCGUAGACGUCUUUCCCUUCUUGGUCAGUUGGAUGCCAAUAAAUUGCUUCAUUUGGUUUUCCUCCUUUCACCGCAAAAGACUGAUGGAAUAGCAGAAAAGGAUAAAAUUGAAACCCUACUUGAUUUGAGCGUCAUUAAAUCUGCUGCAUUCCACUACAUGCCUGCAAAUGCAUCCCACGUGCAUCGUUCUUUACGAGAUGUAAGUCGUGCAAGUGUUCUGACUAAUCGUUAUUGUUGGCGUGUGAUGAGUUGGCAAGGUGACAAAUACACACUUCAGCAUACGAAGGGUGGUGUUGUUGCAUGUUAUUUAGGUGCCGUUAUGCAUGAAGUGGGUCAUCUGUUCAAAAUUCCUCAUACUAAUUCUGGAAUUAUGUGUAACGGAGGUGAAAAUAUUCAGACGUUUUUUUUGCCUCUUAAAAAGGUAAACCUGGGUUUUACAGAAAAAGAAUUUCCGCACCUGCAAAGAAUAGGGGAGAAUGUGUACAUUAUUCGCGUUCAUUUGCGUCAUGAAUUCUUAGUCAAACGAAUCAUGGAAAGUUUGCUCGACUCCACAACAAAAUUGCUGAUGACUGUUCAUCCUUUAAUUACACACAAGUCACGUAGAAAAAUGUGUCGGAUUUUAUAUGACGAAAGUACUGGCGUUGUGGACGUAGAGUCAGGAGUGCGUUAUCUAGUUUACUAUACGAAUGACAGUGUUAAACGUAUUUGUUCAUUUACUGAACAACAUAUGAAGAAAAGACUGGUUCUCAGAGCGAAAAAGUCUGCGGUUCGAGCUUUAAUUGUUACUGGCGAAGGUAAUUUCUUAUCAGUUCUAGUGACAAAUACCUUAUGA